UCAGAGUUUGUUGUUUUGCCCAACUAGAGCUAUCUUGGUAUCCAGUUUUACAAAGUCUAUCACUCUUUGUGCUGUCAAGCAACAAAGAUUUACACGCAAGUACUAAGCUAGCAUCUCCUGCUGCAUACCUGCAAAUAUGUUUGUUUAACCGGUUCUUUUUCUCAAAUCUUAUUUUUCAAGGACAUCUUAUCCUUUCUUCUUUCAUCUCACCCCACCGCUCUGCCAAUACACAGCGGUAUUCUGUGUGUUCCUUACUUCUUCAUUAGCAAUUCCAAAGAGAUUUUUCAGCUUCCUCACUGCCAGGAGGAAUGCUGUUGAUGUUUCAGAACACUGUUCUUGUUGACACUAAGAGCUUUCUGCUGAGCUGUAAUAGCUCGUUAACAGCCUUUUGACUUUCACAUUGCCAAAGUAGUAACCUAGGUCAAACUAUUCUGCACUUGUUAUGGUUAGAUCUCAAAUACCAUUUUAGCACCUAUUGUAAUUAUCUGUAUUCAUCUUUUUAUUUUCACUCUGAUUAAUAUCUUGUGUCAUUAGACUCAGAAUAUCCUGAGUUGGAAGUCUAACUGAGUCAUUCAGUCUAACUCCUGGCUCCACGCAGGACUACCCAAAAUUCAAACCCUAUGUCUGACAGCAUUGUGCAAAUACUUCCUAAACGCCAGCAGCCGUGACGACUGCCGUGGGGAGCCUGUUCCAUGCCCACCAUCGUCUUGCAAAGAACCUUUACCUAAUAUCCAAUCUGGUUAUUUUUGACCCUCUUUACAACAUAUACUAUACUAUCAUUACAUAUACGUCAUUGGCAGCAUCUGGACACCACCUGAUCUUCAUGAUAUGCUGCUACACUUCAAGAAGAACCUUUCAUAAAUAGUCUGUACUUGUUAUAUGGACAUAUCUAUUUAGAUUGGCACAUGGAGCAAGCCCAACCAUAGCUCAGUCCUGCAUGUGUUGCUGCUCCACUGACACACUGACCAGCCAUAGAGUUCAUUGAUCUUCAUGUUCGUCUCCCACACCUUGCGUUAACAUGGUUGGUGGAGAUUUCUUGGCGUGCCCUGUGUGCUAUGUUCUGUCCUGCAUGAGCUUUGUUAACUUACCUAAAGAUCUGAUUUCAAUUAGUCAACACAAAGAUUGACCUCCUUUUGUCAUUCAGACUCUUGCAACUAAUGUCAGUGGGCAUUCAGUGGCACCUUUUCAAUCGGGAUUAGUUGUAAGUGUUCCAAUUGUAGAUGAAGCCUGCGCCAGAUAAAGCAAUAAGAUGGUUGAUGGAAGGAGGAAGGGGAUGGAGGCAGGGAAUAGGAGAAAGUAGAGAGGUUGGCAGAGGUGAAGCUAUACUGUUAGCUGCAUCAGGGCAAUGGUAUGAAUGAAAAGGUCUUUAGAAAUAAUGGGAACACUCUUGUUUCCAGUGCAGAGCAGUAAUGGCAGUGUAAGCAAGAAACCAAAGGAUAUCACAACCUUUUCAGGCAAGUGUACUUCCCUCUUUUGUUCUCUAAGCAAAUGUGUAUUUGCGUAGCAGUAACACAGAAGAAUUGCUAUGUACAGUAAGUUGGCACAGGAGAGAAUCCUCACUGCAGAAGGACUAGUCAUAGACUGCAAGGCUGUAAAAAUGAAUGAGAAAAACAUUGUAAAGGAAGUCUUAUUCACUUCUUUACAUUAUUCAUGCCAUUUACUUAAAAAUGCAGGAUAAGAAUAAUUCUCCUGAUUUGCAGAAUCAAACUCCAUAACCUGAGAUUAGGUUAUAAAGCAGGUAUGUUAAUUACAGUGCUGCGCCCACACCAGAUGCGAGGGGGGUCACCGCCCUACCAAACUCGCAUAACCAUGGGCAGAAAUGUUAGAUAUUUAAAAGCCAGGCUUAUACAUAUUCAGCAGGUUUCCUGGGAUCCAUCUACAUAUUCAGCAGGUUUCCCCGGACCCAUCUACAUAUUCGUCAUUUCCCGGGAAUUCCUUUGCAUAUGGUCCCUCCCCGUGGUGCAUGCGCUGUAGUUCCUCCUGGUGGUCGUUGGAUGAAGGCUCGACAUCUUCAUCACUGCCCUUUUCACCCCACUGCUGCUUUGCAGAGUCACUCUAGCUUCGGCUGGUUACUUGUACUGGUCCCUGCUGAUAAUGCAGUUUUGCUGAGUUCCUUUUCUUACCUUGCCUUACAUUCUACUUACCCCAGCCCCAUGCAAUAGUUAACGCUUCAACUGUCCUCUCUAACUCACUCCUUUUCAAAGGAACUAGAAUUUGUGUCCAGAGAAGAAAUGUUUAAGAAUUUUCUUUUUUUCAUGCAGGCUGUGUGCUUUAUUAUUGCUCAGUGCUGAUUUCUGUACUGUUACUGUAAAUUUGGGGGAAAUGUUAAAUAUGAUGUAACCAUCAGGGCCAGGCCAGUAAUAAUUUGGAAAGCAUUAAUGGAGAAAAUGCUUUAUGUUCAAGUAUGGAGCCUCUACAGAACAAAAGCAAAGGACUGAAGCCAACUCAACAGUGUGAAGCUGAGGCAAAUGCCUGAUUGACAGUAGCACAGGAAAAAAAACAGUUCAGUGCCUAAACUAAGAAACAUGAUAAAUUCAAACUUAAAUUUCAGAUUGAAAGUAAUUUUUCAUUCUUGAAAAUAGGAUUACAGACUUGCUUUCUACGCUACAGUCUGUUAAUACUGCCCUGGCAGGAGCAAAAAAAAUUAAGGUGAUAGAGGCCCUGAGUAAAGAAUGUAACGCUCAGCCUCUCUUUUCCAGCUCAGACUAACACCCCUGCAAAAUGUCUGUUGCCAAAAUGUUUCUUGAUACAUUAGGAUGUAUGUAACUACAAACUUGGGACAGCUGAAAUUGUGCAAUCAUUCCACGCAAACUGAAAGAGUUUCAGGGAUAAAUAACUCUUCUUCAUAGGUAAAAAAAAAACCAACAAAAUAAUUUGGAGGCUGUUUAUUCAAAAUACUUUAAAAAAAAAAACAAAACCCACAGCCGUUCCUAUGUAAACAUUAACAGCGGACCUGUCUCAAUCUAUCAUGGGAAGCGUGUUUUUACAAGACAUUACUAUAAAAGGAAGAAAUAGGAGGAGCACCGACUUACGAUUGAAAACUUUGGGAUGUUUGUAUUUUUCCUUUGGGUCAUUGUGCCUUGCAGAAUGGAAUAUGAAACACGAUGCAGCACUCCUGCUUGUUCUCCAGUUGGAAUACUGAGGCUGACUGGAGGGAUAUCUGUGUUUGAAUGCAAUUAUUUCCCAUCUGGAUUCUGAUUAAGUGCUGUUACUGGUGCUUCAACUCAGGGGACUGACGAUUCUUGAUCUGCUGCAUCAGCCUCUCCUAAAUGCCCUUUGGUACACGACAAAUUUAUGCCUUACUAUUGGUCUCGUCGUUCAUGGGAAACAAAAAUUCCAGAUAUUGUGCUGUACGUCAUACUGAUCUUUGUUUGUCCGAAGUACUUCAAAGGGAAGACAAUAUAUUGUUUCAGAAGACACAGGUGAAUAUAUUGGCUUUCUAAGGAAAAAAGAGCAGCUGGUAAUACUAUUUGAAGAUGCCAAUCUCCUGGCAAAUAUGCUGCAAGAAAAAGACCAAAUCUAAGAAUGGAAGCACUGAAAUGGACGAUAUGGCAGACACAACUGAAAAAAUGCAGAUGAAAAAAGAAAUUACAUUACUAAAUGGAGUUUCUUUAAUUGUAGGGAAUAUGAUUGGCUCUGGGAUAUUUGUAUCUCCCAGAGGUGUUUUAAUGUACAGUGCUUCCUACGGACUCUCUCUCAUCAUCUGGGCUCUUGGCGGAAUGUUUUCACUGUUUGGAGCUUUAUGUUAUGCUGAGUUGGGAACAUCCAUUGUUAAAUCUGGAGCUAGUUAUGCCUACAUUCUGGAAGCAUUUGGUGCCUUUGUGGCCUUCAUUAGACUGUGGUCUUCUUUGCUAAUUAUUGAACCAACAACUCAGGCAGUGAUAGCAAUCACAUUUGCUAACUAUAUUGUUCAACCGAUUUUUCCUCAUUGUGAGCCACCAUACGAUGCAGUCAGAUUGAUUGCAGCUGCUUGUAUUUGUUCCUUAACGUUUAUUAACUGCGUUAAUGUGAAGUGGGGAACUCGUGUGCAAGAUAUUUUCACAUAUGCAAAAGUUAUGGCCCUUAUCGUGGUAAUAUCUGUUGGCGUUUACAAAAUUGGUAAAGGAGAAACAGAAAACCUCAGAGCUCCCUUUGAGGGCUCAGCAACAGACCCGGGAAUGAUCGCGCUGGCUCUGUACUCAGCCCUCUUUUCCUACUCGGGGUGGGACACCCUGAAUUAUGUCACCGAGGAGAUGCAGAACCCUGAGAGGAAUUUACCUCUUUCUAUUGCAAUUUCCAUGCCUAUUGUGACUAUUAUUUACUUGCUGACUAAUAUAGCGUACUACGUAGUGCUGGACAUGUCAGCACUCCUCACAAGCGAUGCAGUAGCUGUGACGUUCGGCGCUGAAAUGCUUAGUUAUGCUAAAUGGAUAAUUCCUGUAGCUGUGGCCAUGUCUUGCUAUAGUGGCUUGAACUCAUCAAUAAUUGCAGCAUCGAGGCUUUUUUAUGUUGGAGCCAGAGAAGGACACCUCCCUGACAGUCUGAGCUUGAUUCAUAUAAAGUGUUUCACACCAGUCCCUGCUCUUCUCUUUAAUGGUUUAAUGACUUUGCUUUAUCUCCUUGUGGAAGAUGUUUUCCUUCUCAUUAAUUACUAUUGCUUCAACUACUGGCUCUUCGUGGGUCUGUCUAUUGCAGGACUAAUAUACUUGAGAUAUACUCAGCCACGUAGACCACGGCCUAUUAAACUUAAUCUCUUCUUCCCUAUCAUAUACUGUAUGUGUUCCCUUUUCCUGGUCAUAGUUCCUCUCUACAGUGACACGAUCAAUUCCCUGAUUGGCAUUGGUAUUGCCCUCUCAGGUGUUCCUGCAUAUUAUUUAGGAGUCUAUCUGCCAGUUGAAAAAAGACCUAAAUGGCUACAGUGGCUCUCUGUUACAACAACAAAAUACGUUCAGCUGCUCUUCUACUGUGCUCUGUCAGACCUGGACAUAGACAUGGAACCUACAAAAGCUAAAAGCAAAUAGGGUUGCCCUGACAUUGGGAACUGCACUUGACACAUCCUGUCUGGAACAAUUUUUAUAACCUGAAGUUCUCUCCAUAUCCUCAGUUACACUAAAGCACCAGUUUGAUGUCUGUUAAUGUCUGCUUGUUUCAUAAACCACUUGCCAGCCUCUGUUUUACAGGGUUUUUUUUUUUAACUGUUCAGUAACAGUUAUUGAACAGCACUUUGAAACUAUAUAACACUUAUCAGUAGAUAGUUAUUGGGUUCAUUGCAAAAACUUAAUAAAAAACAAAUAAGUUCCAUCAGAAUCCUAAGAAAUAAAUUGAUCAAUGUAACAAAAAUCAGACACGUGCAAGAUUCAAAACCAGAGUUGGAAAGUAGAAGCCACAGUGUACUUCUAAAAAUAUUACUAAAUUCUUAGCUAAAUAAAAAAAUAUAUAGUCAAUACUGGAUAGGAUACAGUUGGCAGUUGGUUUUGGUCAAUUAUAUUUUGUGAGAAAUUCUAUUUUGGUUAUAUGCCAUAUUCAUUACCCUUUUGUGGAGGAAGUAUCCUCUGCAAACAAAUGACGCUCUUGUCACUGAAGUAUUUUUGCCUUCUAGCAGAAUAUCUCGCUGUGGAGCACUGUAAGGUACUGAGCUGCUCCGUUCACUGCAUUCAGGGAAAACACAUUUCCGUAGCAUCCACUGCUUGCUUUCCAGUAUCAAAAGUGUGGCCCAAUGAAUCAUACUAAUUUUUUUUUGCAUAGUAGAACUUAUUUAAGGAUUUUUUAAGUAGAAAUUAAAAGACUUUGACUAAAAAUCCCAUGAGGUUGGAAGGGACCUCUGGAGGUCACCUGGUCCAAAUCCUACAGGGUCACCUAGAGCAGGUUGCCCAGGUUCCUGCUGGCACAGCAACCUUCAGCCCUGCUCUUCAGCACACAAAGAGCCUCCUGCACUGGCUGCCAGACCUCCACAUCUUGCAGCUGCACCCACCAGCGAAAACCAUGAAAUAAAUGGGCAGUGAAGAACAUUACAUUUUUCAGUGUGGUGCACAGGAAUGUGUAACCAGUCCUAAUUCUUAGCAGCUUCAAGUGGAAAAGACAAUAACUGUCAUAGAAAAUAAAAACCAACCGGACUAUAAAAACAACAGUUCCACUUCUAAUCUGCUUCAUAGAUAUGUAGCACUAUUUGUUAUCCUUCUUGUCGAUUCAUACUUUCUGUAACUAUAUUUGAAUGUAGCGUAUAUUGUUUCUAAUUCAAGUCGUAUCAUUGCUACUCAAGUAACCCCAAGUAAGUUAUUUUUUUUUUAAUCUUACAUAAGUCCCUGUAGCUUCUACUAUUAUUUUCUUUAUUUGUGUCUAUCCAGACAAAGAGAAAUGGAAUAGGGAAGAAGGCAAUUGUUGCCACUGUAACCUUCCUUUAUUCCCUCCCUACAGUGUAAGGUCAUUUGCAAGAUGAUAAUUCCAUGCAUCUCCAGCCCUAUGCUUGCUGGUAGUUCUUCUGUGAAACUUUCUGUUCAUAUUCAAAUGCCACCCAUUGCAGCAUUUGUGGGAUUUUCUUUUGAUGCAAAGUGCUAAGUGAUAAAAAUGCACUAAACUAAGGUAAGGUGAAGAUCCUAGAAAUGUAUAUUUUGCUUUUUGGAAGCUAUGAAUUUCAUGCACUAAAAUCACUUAAAUAUCACAAUCACAGAACAUUAAGAGGAAAGAAGAUCAAGGGUGUAAUUUAGCUUGCCCCAUUCAGAGCACUCCCAUGUACUCUUCAUGUACCCAAGUGCCUCUGUUACAGUAUAGCAUGGUGUUCAUUCUGCUCUAUGACUUCACAGAAAUACUGCAUUGUCAUCUUUUGAAGGCACCAGUUAACGAUGAAGUUGAGAUCCCACAGGGCACACAGAGAAUAUAAACCCUACAAGACAGUGCCAAAUUAAACCUAGCAGUCUUUGUCUCCGGAGUUCAAAGUCACGCUUGGUGAUGAGCUUUGUGUCACAUCAAGAAAGCACUGCACCAUGCUAUAAAGUUGUUCUUUACAGGACCAAAUCUACUAAGUGGUUUGAGACAACUGAAAUGAUAUCUCAGGUUGUAACAGACAGCGGGCACCAAAGGUAGUGUAAGAAGGACUAGGAACAUUUCCAUAGAAAUUCAGAGCUGAUAAACUUUGUGGUUUUUUGUUGAAAUCUGUUUUUGUAUGAAUCUGUUUCCUUUCUGGGCACCACAUGCAAGCUUCCAUUUUCUUUCUUUCUGGACAGGAGACAAGUGGAAGUGUAUUAGUAGUAAGAUGCAAUGCUAUAAAUGUGAAUACUGUUAUUGAAAUUCUGGAUGGACAUUGGAAUCUCAGAAAUGUUCAUGUAUUUGUUGAUUUUUAAUUCCUUACGAAUAACAUGUGUAGUUGUUUUCAAAUAUCGAAAGCCAAGUCACAGAUGCUGAAAUAUUUAAAUAAAUCACAUUUGAUCCUUGGCAAAUGCUA